CUACCCAACCCACAUCAUUACGCAGCAAGAUACUUACAAAGUCGGUCGCAAAUAGUAAGACAAACAAAUUGUAACAAACGCAUAUUUUAGAGAGUUGCAAACGGCUGGGUAACGCAUUUCAAGGGACAUAAGGAAUAUAAAUAAACAAAAAAAACAAGUGACAGUUAAAAUUUUUUAAGGAUACAAAUAUGAAUCUCUUACAUAUAACGUUGCUUAUUGCUGCGACGAUAGUUCUAGUCAUCGCCCAAGGUCCUACCCCUCCAAGGCUUAAUAUACCUGGAGCUAUUCCUAUUCCCGCCCGCCCGCAAUUCCGGAACAAUCUCCCACUGCGAGUUCGUCGUCCAGGUCUCCGAUCACAAACUAGCAAUUCCAUUGUUCCACCAAUUGCCCCAAGAAUAAUCGAAGAAUCAAAACCAGUCACCGAAUCGUCAGAAGACGAAAUCAGCGAUCCGUUCAUUCCUCAAUUGUUGCGUGAACAGUCACAACCCCAGUUGCCCCAACAAGGCCCUCCUCAAUAUGCAAAUCAAGCACCAAAUUAUUUCAAUGAGCCAAACUCAAUUCAACAAGAUUCGCCCAUUGAAGAUGAAGAGCCACCACGUUUCAUCGAGCGACCAGCACCUCCACAACCCCAGCAACCACCCCAGCCUCAGAAUGAUUUUGCUGGCCAACGGUUCGCAAUUGAACGUCAGCAACCUCAACCUCAACAACAACCCCGUCUGCAACCAGUAAGAACUCGAGCCAGUAACCGGGACCGGGAACAACCUCGUCCACAAUACGAGCAACAACGUCCCAGAGCCAGCACCCCAAGUCCAUCUCGGCCAAUAGAACAAAAUGUCCUUAGGCAAGAUGACUACCGACCACGCAAACCUGUGGCUCAGAUUUUGAGGAAGUAUCGUGAAGAGAACGAAGACGGAAGUAUCACCUGGGGCUAUGAGAAUGACGAUGGUUCUUUCAAAGAGGAACUUAUUGGCAACGAUUGCGUUACCAAGGGAACCUACGGCUAUGUUGAUCCAGAUGGUACCAAGCGCGAAUACCACUAUGAGACCGGCAUCAAGUGCGACCCCAACAACCGCAAUCCCGAAGGACAAGAGUUGAACAACAGCGGCUUCGUCAAUUAUGAGCAAAACAAAGCCGUUCUUCCAAACGGACUCGAAAUCGAUUUAGCCCUGAUGGGCAAAAAGAAAUCCAAGCGACCGGGAGCAGUUCUCCAGCAGGCUCAACCACAACAGUACUAUAGAAACUAGAUAGAGGAGAAUCGGAGAUUCAUGCCUCUCCACCCGUUUAGAGAUUAAGAAAGACUUCUUUUAUUUUUUGCGGUCAAAGUCCCGAGUCUUUUAUUUUUUAUUUUAUUUAUGAGAAGUUCAGUUUUUUUUAGCUUGUAAAUAAAAAAAUCAAAGUAAAGUCUAA